AUUCCAGUAGGAUUAUGUCUAUUAAUUUUAUUUUGUAGUCUCCUCUGCCUCAGUUCAUUCUUGUAAGGCUGUGAUGGACAUUCAGCUGGCAAUGUUAACGUCUUCUCAGAAAAUUCUCACAGACAAAAGUGGGAUGUGGAAGGAGAAAUGCAUCAAAACAGCAGAGAACUAUUCUGAAGGUGUUGGCUUCUCAUUUCAUAUCCAAAAUAUGAAAAGUGGCCAGUGAUAGCUUUGUGUGCAUCAUUCUGUUACAAUCAAAUCUCAUAGGACAUGUUGAAAGGAUGGGCUGUGAUUGCCAUGUAAGCCUAAAAAGGAUAAAUAAGAGACAAGAUUGGAGGGCAGAGAGGAUGGCUCUCUGAUGAAGUGGUAUAAAUCAUUGUGAGAGGAGAAAGAAGCAACCAAGGUAUCAGUCUUUGAGAUGCUGUAUGCAGCCUGGGGGUGGAAAAAUUUCUGUUGAACAGAAUCAAAAUUUGCAAAGUGAAGAUAGAUGCCUGAAAUUUACGAAUGUGCAGCGCAAAACAAAUGAACGCUGACUGAAUUAAUACCACUCACCAGUUAAAUGUCAGUCAGUUUGUAGAUCAUCAUCCAUGAGUCUAUACUUUUGAUUCAUGACUAAGAGACUUGCAGUAAGUUCAUUUAUGAUCAUGCCUGUCAGCUUAUUAUAAGCUUAUAUCAGUUUUAUAAUCAGGACUGAACAUAUUUCUCCACUGUCACCUACUAACAGCGACCUUUUGUGAUGUUCCUCAAUCUUAUCAUUUCAGAUUUUUUCCCUAAACACUAAACUGUAAUGUUAGUUUGUCACAUUCAAGCCUGUGUAAACGUCUACUGAAAUUAAGCAGUUCAACAAUGAUAAAAAGUGUAUCUAGGGUGCUCUUUGAACUAAUGCGUUUUCGCCCCAGUAUAUCCAUCCAUAAUCAUCUACCUGCGGCGAGAGAAAGCCCAUAGUAGCCCGGCCCAUCUCAACACACACUUAGCCGACACGAGCUAGCAGGCAGCUGGCAGUCUGGCAGUCUGGAAACCGAUUUUCUGUCAAACGUGGGUCAUGAUAUUACACCGUGUAGAGACUUAACGUGCUAUACCAGUCACCGUUAUCAGAUAUCAUGUCUUCCAGGGAGCGGCGGUCAGAUGUCUACAUAAAGGCAGAACCAAGCAGUCCAGAGGGAGGUGGGGGAGGUCGAACCAGUCCCGGUGGUGCCUCCUCAGACUCUUCUCAGAGUGGAGGUGGGGGAACCAGAGGAGACGGUGCUAAACGUUACUCCCCGCCACUCUACACACCAGCUCUGCGUUGCCACUUCAAAGACGAGGCGGGUGACGGGGCAGAGGAAGGUUCCACUGGAAACGGGGCAGGGCGAUGCAAGUAUGCCCUGAGCACGCUGCCCAAGAGACUGUGUUUAGUAUGUGGAGAUGUGGCCUCCGGUUACCACUAUGGCGUGGCGUCAUGUGAGGCCUGCAAAGCAUUCUUCAAGAGAACCAUCCAAGGUAACAUUGAAUAUAGCUGUCCAGCAUCGAAUGAGUGUGAGAUCACCAAGCGGCGCAGAAAGGCUUGUCAGGCAUGCCGCUUCACCAAGUGCCUCAAAGUAGGCAUGCUGAAAGAGGGAGUUCGUCUCGACAGGGUUAGAGGUGGUCGGCAGAAGUACAAAAGACGCCCAGAAGUGGAAAAUGCAACAUACCAGAGUGCCCCUCUACCACUGACAAAGGAGAGUGAAAAAGGUUCCUCCAACAUCAUUGUAUCCCACCUGCUAGUGGCAGAGCCAGAAAAGUUGUUUGCCAUGCCUGACCCUCUGCAGCCUGACACGGCCCAGCGCACACUCACUACCCUUUGUGACCUUGCUGACCGUGAGCUGGUCGUCAUCAUUGGCUGGGCCAAACACAUUCCUGGCUUCCUGUCACUGUCCCUAGCAGACCAGAUGUCCGUGUUGCAGUCAGUGUGGCUGGAGGUGCUGGUGCUGGGUGUAGCGUACCGCUCGCUUGGCUGCGAGGAUGAAGUGGUGUUCGCAGAGGAUUUUGUCCUUGAUGAGGAAAUGUCACGUGUUGCUGGACUGACAGAGCUAAAUGCAGCAAUUAGUCAACUUGCUCGUCGUUUCCGUGCACUAAAUGUGGACCGGGAGGAAUUUGUCAUGCUAAAAGCCAUCGCACUCACUAACUCAGACUCUGUUUACAUCGAGGACAUGGAGGCGGUGCAGAAGCUGCGGGACCUCCUUCACCAGGCCCUACUGGAGCUGGAAUGUCAGCGGCGCCCAGACGACCCCCAGCGAGCAGGACGUCUCCUUUUAACAUUGCCUCUCCUCAGGCAGACUGCUGGCCGUGCUCUUACCACCUUCUACAGCAUCAAGACCCGUGGCGGCGUACCCAUGCACAAACUCUUCCUGGAGAUGCUGGAAGCCAUGAUGGACUCUCCCUAAAGCGGGAAGCUGCAGAAGUUAAAGGGAAUGGAGAAAAAACAAGACAGAGACCUAGUCUGCAAGAGUGAAUGAGAAAUGAAAGAUUUUAUCAGAGAAUUAAUAAUGAGGACAAUGGUCCCUUUUCCUUAGGCUACAUGAAGAAAAGAAUAUGAAAAAAGAAAAACCUUGUAUUCAUGUUCCUACUUGGGAAGUGGUUAUUUACGGUAAGAUGUAACUGCCAAACUUCAGUAAAAGGCUCUGAGAUCAAAGAGUGAAAAUGUGAAUGCCAGAAAACUUCUCAGUUUCAACUAUUUUCAUGGCGUGUUCCAUCACAGCAUCAAUCUGCACUUGCAUAACCACAGAAGAACAAAGUUUAGGUACCCAACAACAGACUGCAAUCAUGUGGCUUUUGAACUUUUUAAAAAUAAAGCAACAUCAACUCAUGAAAGCCAUAAUUAUAUAUCUGGCAAAAGGCUUGAGGGUCCAGUAUAGGGUCAGAUUCACAUGCACAUCGAGUGCGUUUAUUUACCAUAGUUUAGUGUGUCAGUGUAGGCAAAUUCAUAGGAAUUACUUGCAAUAUGUUAAAAGCAAUAUAACUCGAUUAUUGUCUGUCACAUAAAUUGUAGAUAAAAUGGUGAGACAUCAGGUUGUGCUUGUAUAUCAGUAGUUCUCUGCUCUCAGGACCCCAAGUGUUGUCGGGGAUGCCACGAGUGGAUUUAACUGUCUGGUAAGAGUGAAACCCACCAGCACUUUUGGGGUCAAAUAGUGGAGUUGGGAACCACUAGUGUACAUGGCAGGUGCAGGAUUCUUUAUAAAAGGUUGUGCAGUGUGUAGUCCAGGAGAAGCACAUAAUAAAAUGCUCUGCUUGGAAGAUGAUAUAUUCAGUGUUGUAUGUAAAUCCUAUUGGCAUACAAAAACCUGGCUUCCUUACAAGCAAAUGUGUGCAUUCCUGUGCAGUCUAAACCAGUGAGCUACACUGAGAUCAGGGAAGAACACAACUCUUUGUCAUUAAAGCCAGUGUCGGAACAACAGUGGUUAGAAAAGAAAUGCAUAUGCCUCAUCUGCUUUUUUAUACUUUCCUCCCCUACAUCUAACCACUAUUUUCGACUUCAGCAGCUGUGCUGUCCAGAAAUAAUGGUCUAACCUAUUGGACUUGGGGGCUGUAUAAUGCCUAAUACUAACCUAUAUGGUUGACAGGUGAUUUUGCUGCAUUUUCUGCAGUAUUGAAGAACAUUGCAUAAAAGAGCUUGUGCGAUGUGAGACCCCUCCAUUGUGUACGUGCAUCUGUUGAACUUUAACUUGAAAGUGGCUCAUGACAACAAGGAAUGCAACAUAUGCAACAACAUCUUUCUUUCGAUGUUGAAACCUUGUGUGACAACUUCCUGAAAGUCCUUCUCAUUGUUCAGCAGGUUAGUAUACUUAGAAUAUAAAUGGUCAUUGUAGGAAGCUUCACAUGCAAUGCAAAGCAACAGUAUCUGAUGUCAGAAUCAGAUCUGUAGAUGAAAUAUUAAUUGAACAAAGGGCCAUUGAUCUUUUAGCCAUGUACAGUUCAAUUUAAAUAAAAAGAAACAUGCAAUUUAUAGUGGAAGAUAAUAAAGCCAGCAAAUGUGAUACAAAUUCCCCAUUACAAUUAUAUUUGUGCAGCUUACGGUGUUCUGAAAUUUGUAAAGACUUGAAACUUGCUUUUUCAUACAUUUUCCUUUCUAGGGUUCAAGGGUAUUUUAUUCACAUUGUGACACUGUUGUAGGUUUGGUAUUGAAAUGAAUCUUAAUGAAUACUAAAUUUUUUUUUGUUUGUUUGUUAUGUUAGCAGUGGUGUGUUUAUCUGGAGCUGAAUGUCAUUCUAGGGAUCAAUUUACAUGACUCUAUAGAUUUAGCAGCACGGUGAGGCUACAGAGGGCUACCUCAGGAGGCAGAGUGAGCCAGAUGGCCAAAUAACUGUGGAGGCAAAUGUAAUUGUUGAUCUUUUGAUUUGUCCGUUUAAAUAUUGGGUCUAUUGAAUGUCUUGCAGUUGUGCAAACCUGAGAUCAUUUCUUCAUUUGUUUUCGUAACUUUAACGCGUUCUUGGCUCAUUAAUCAUGCUUUCUAAGAUGCAGCAUGAUACAAAGUGUCUCACACGUUGGGGGUUGGGGAGUGCAGGCCUGUGGUUGGUAUGGUUUCACAAGAAUAACUGCAGCUCGAAAACAUUGGAGGUCAUUCAAAUUUAAAGACAGUACAACUUGUAACGCAGACUCAAAUCUCAGACUCUCUGAUUCACCUGUGAUGAUUCAUAGGACAUAGGUUACAGCUGUCAUAUAAAAGUUUUUUGGUCUCUGAUUUGUUUACUAACCUAAUUUGUAAAAAAAAAAAAAAAAGUAAUCAGAAUUCUUAAGUGAACAAAUGUAAGAUGCUUGGGUCAGAGCUGUUGUCUCUUCAUAGUGACUUUUUCAUUAGCACACAAAUAUGUUUUAGGUACAGUUUGUUAGGGUGAAGGCAAGGCCAUUUGCAGUGUCACUGUUAAAAUUAUACAGCUAUUUGUAGUUUUAUUAAAUAUGUGCGCAUUAAUAUAAAUGAGCAAUACAAUAAAUUACCAAACCUCACACAUUUCCUUGUAUAGCCACAGUGUACAUUUAACAUUGCCAGUUAUAAAAAGAAUAGCAACUAAACGUUAUAUUAUUUAGAAGUUCAAAUCAAUGUUUGUAUUUUGAAAGACUAUUUAAAAUGAUUAAAUUCUAUUUUUUACUCAAUUUACCGUUGUUUGUUGACACUGCUUUAUUUUUGUGUGUGAUGUUGGCUGUGAAUCUCUGUGUGUAGGCUUUUUUUUUUUUCAUUUAGAUAAAACAGUUUGAUGUCCUUGUCUAAACAUGUCCACAUAAAAUCACUGUGAAAAAAGUGAGAAUUUCCACUGUCUGACGCAACAGGGAGUGGAUUAUUGUAGGUGCUUUGUGUUGUGUAAUAAAUGGACACACCACCACCACA